GUACAAAAAAUACAAAAGGUAUAAAAGGUAUAAAAGGUAUAAAAGGUGUAAAAGGUAUAAAAGGUGUAAAAGGUAUAAAAGGUAUAAAGAAUAUAAAAGAUAUAAAAAGUAUAAAAGAUAUAAAAG